CCUUCACUUCCGGAACGCACGCGCUUCUUCCUGGAACGCAUCCCCCGUCCUCCCAGUAUCCAGUCUGAGGAUCACGUGGUGCAGUGAUGUCACAGGGCGGCGGGCGGUGCUAAUGCGGUGACAGGAAGUGGACGGACAGGUUGUUCAGAGGAGGGAGCGGGGGAGCAAUAAAUCGAGGUAGUUUGGAGAACAGUAAAUCAUGGGGCUCCUCUCUGAUCCAAAUCGCCGCCAGGCCUUGUCCCGAAUCAUCACCCAACUGAACACCCCACUGUGUAUUUUCAGUUACCUGGUUGGUGUGGUUUGGUUCCUGGGCCUGGCAUUCCACCCUUUCACCCUGCGCUCCUAUAUCUCAGAGAAUUCCAUGGGAUCUACUAUGGUAGAGGAGCAGUUUGUGUCUGGGGAGAGAGCCGUCUCCUACGCCCGGGAAUUUGCAGCGCACAAAAAGUCAGCAGGGGGGUCCCCAGUGGCCUGGCUGGAGAGGACCAUGAGUGGACUGGGCUUGGAAGUCUAUUCUCAGAGCUUUGUCCGAACUCUGCCCUUUCCUGAUGAGACCACGGAACGAUUUAUGGUGAAAGGCACUAACGUAUAUGGAAUAUUGAGAGCUCCGCGUGCUGCAAGUACAGAGUCUUUGGUUCUGAGUGUUCCUUGCAGCGAAGGACAGAACAAUAACCAGGCUGUUGGCCUUCUGCUGGCACUGGCCUCGUACUUCAGAGGGCAGAUCUACUGGGCUAAGGAUCUCAUCUUCCUGGUGAAUGAACACGAUCUGAUCGGGAUGGAGGCCUGGCUGGAAGGUUACCAUGAUGUGAAUGUGACAGAGAUAAAGUCCUCUGUGAUGAUUGGUCGAGCUGGAGCCAUUCAGGCAGCCGUUUCUCUGGAGAUGAGCAGCGAUGUGGUCACCAGCUUUGAUUUGGUGGUGGAAGGUUUAAACGGGCAAUUGCCCAACCUCGACUUGGUGAGCCUGUUCUAUGCCUUCUGCCAGAAGAACGCUCUACUCUGCACCAUUCAGGGCAAGCUUCAGCGAAAUGACUUUGACACCUUCCCCGGGUACCUGCACAGCCUCCAGACAAUGCUGAUCAUGGUGCUGAAGCAGGGCUCUGGGAGGCCCCAAGGGGACCACGGACUCUUCCUGCGCUACCACAUUGAAGCCAUCACCCUGCGGGGUAUCAACAGCUUCCGCCAGUACAAAUAUGACCUGAGCACAGUGGGAAAGACCCUGGAAGGAAUGUUUCGGAAACUGAACAACCUCUCCGAGCGCCUGCACCAGUCGUACUUCUUCUACCUGCUGCCCUGCCUGUCCCGCUUUGUUUCUAUUGGGAUUUACAUGCCGGCCGUCGGCUUCAUCAUCCUCAUUCUGAUCCUCAGGUCGCUGGACUUGUGGAUUAAGCUGAGACACUCAGAUGGGAGGACAGAGGAUGGAGUGAUGGAUACAGAGCAGGAUCCAAGGCCGGGGAUCCUGUCCCUCGCUACCCCAAUAGUGAUCUGCCAUGCCACAGGCCUGAGUCUGUAUUACCUCCCAGUAAUGAGUCAGGAGAUGGCCACUGACCACUUCCCUGUGUCUGAAUCUGAGGCUGUUGUUCUCACGGCUAUUGCCAUCUAUGUGGCAGGACUUGCACUGCCCCACAAUACUCACAGAGUUCUGACUGGUGCUGGUUCAGAGCAGGGCUGGAUGACUCUCAAACUGAUCUCACUGCUGUACCUCGCUGUUCUUUUGGGCUGCAUCUCACUCAUUAACUUCUCUCUGGGAUUCCUGCUGGCGAUCACCAUUGUUCCUGUGGUGGCCAUUGUGCAACCUACUGGGCCAAGAGCCCUAUAUGCGAUUCUCCUUGUCCUGAUCACACCGGCCACCACUCUCCUUGGCAGCAUCUUCCUCUACCGGGAGCUGAUCGAGUACCCAGUAAGUGUGCUGGAGGGCUGGCAGCUCUUCCUUCAGGCCAUUGCCGGGGGCAUGUUGGACCAUUACCUUUACGGCUCGUUGCUCUUUCCCUUCAUCGCGUUCUUUGUCUACCCGUGUUGGCUGCAGCUCUGGAAUGUUGUCUUCUGGAAAUAGGAGGGGACAAUCUGAUGGCAAAAAAUAUCCCUCCGUUCCUUGGCCUAAAGUAAAUGGACCAUGGCCAAGUUGGACUCUCUGAACCAGAGGCUGAAGCAAAGUCCAUCUACAGUUGUCAUUGGCUGCGAGGCUUGAACCCACCUCUGUGUCAUUGUUUCAGGAGAGCGAUGGUUAAACGGGUAUGGAAUGAAAGAGGGUAUUGAGCCGUAAACAAGGAGAGUGCAGAAUUAGUGCAUGAUAGUUUGGAUUGUACAGAUUUAUUUAUACACACGGCUGUGGUUCUGGUUUACAGACAAAAAUCUAUUUCACCCUCACUCUCCACCAGGAAUUCUUCACCUGAAAGUGUAUUAAACUGCCUUUUUUUUUUUUGGACAAACAAAAUUAUUCUAUUGAUUUGUGUUUGAGGCAAAGUCAGAAUGCUGGGGGGCCCUCAGUCAACUUUCUUUUCAACAUCAGGUUGAUGCUGAGGGUCAAGAGCAAAUGUCUGUGUUCGGCAAUUCUAUAAAAGAAAAUCCAGUGGAA